ACUAGACUGACCAUAUCACAGGCCUUUAUAGAAGUUUCAGCUGUUCAUUUUGUUCACUCUCUGUUUUUCAUUAUAGGAUUAUUCACACAACUAGAAACUUGCUGUGACCCAGACUGAUCUCUUAAAAUGCAGCUCGCCGCCACUCUGGAAUAGAAGAGUACUUUGGACUGUUUUAUGCAGAGAAUUUAUAGACUGUACCAGAAAGAGAGUGUGGUUUGUAAACACCUGGAGCCAUGGCACCUGCUGUUGGAGGUCCUGUAGGCUACACUCCUCCUGAGGGGGGUUGGGGCUGGGCUGUAGUGCUUGGUGCCUUCAUAUCUAUCGGUUUCUCCUACGCCUUCCCAAAGUCCAUUACUGUGUUCUUCAAGGAAAUUGAAGUGAUCUUCAAUGCCACCAGCAGUCAAGUGUCCUGGAUCUCUUCUAUCAUGCUCGCUGUCAUGUAUGGAGGAGGUCCUGUCAGCAGUAUCCUGGUCAACAAAUAUGGAAGUCGUCCAAUCAUGAUUUUAGGAGGCUGUCUGUCAGGAGCAGGGCUCAUUGCUGCCUCAUUUUGCAAUACUGUCGAGGGCUUGUACUUCUGUGUUGGUGUUGUGGGAGGUCUGGGACUCGCGUUUAAUCUCAACCCAGCUCUCACAAUGAUCGGCAAAUAUUUCUACAAAAAGCGUCCAAUUGCUAAUGGCAUCGCUAUGGCAGGAAGCCCGGUCUUCCUGUCAACUCUAGCUCCUCUAAACACAUGGUUCUUCGAUCAGUUUGGCUGGAGAGGGAGUUUCUUGAUCCUGGGUGGACUUUUGCUCAAUUGUUGUGUCGCAGGAUCACUCAUGAGACCCAUUGGGCCAAAACCCCAACCUGCUGUUAAGGCCGAUAACAGUAACAGCCGAGCCAAAGAGCGAAAGACGGUGGUCGAGGUCAUCAAUGGUUUCAUCGAUCUGACACUCUUCAAGCACCGUGGCUUUUUGCUUUACCUUUUGGGGAAUGUGGUCAUGUUCUUCGGCCUCUUCUCUCCUCUUGUCUUCCUCAGUAAUUACGCCAAGAGCAAGCAAAUUCCCAGGGAGAAGGCAGCUUUUCUGCUCUCUAUUCUGGCAUUUGUUGAUAUGGUCGCACGACCGUCAAUGGGAAUAGUUGCCAAUACAAAAUGGGUGAGACCGAGGGUGCAGCACUUCUUCGCUGCUUCUAUUCUCCUCAAUGGUGUGUGCCACUUGCUUGCGCCUCUGUCCACAGACUACAUGGGCUUUGUGAUUUAUGCCAUCUUCUUUGGGUUUGCUUUUGGAUGGUUGAGCUCGGUGCUGUUUGAGACCCUCAUGGAUCUCGUCGGGGCUCAGCGGUUCUCCAGUGCUGUCGGACUGGUGACUAUCGUAGAAUGUGGGCCGGUGUUACUGGGGCCUCCUUUACUAGGGAAGUUCAAUGACAUCUACCAUGACUACAAGUACACUUACAUGGGCUGUGGGAUUGUCCUGCUGAUCGGCAGCUUGUUUUUGUUCGUCGGAAUGGGCAUCAAUUACAAACUACUGGAAAGAGAAGCAAAAGAGGAGUCCAAGAAAGCCAAUCAGCAGGACGAACCUGGAAAAGAGGUUGUAGAGGCACUGACAGCAGCCGAAGACAAUGCUGCAGAGGAAGCUGUGUGACACUGUCCGUUACUCCUGAUCAUCCUUACAUUUCUGCACACUUUAUAUGGUGAAUUCGAUUACAGGUCUCCAUCUUGGACUGUUCAGGUUACUGAGACAGUGAUGCAAACAUUUCAGUGCCUUGCGUAAGCACAUGGCCAUGCACUUGAUAUUUUUUUUCAUUUUAUUUUUAGAACUUUUCUUUAGUUCACAACAUACUGUAUGCCAAUACUGUAGGAAAUGAACUGUGGUAUAUCUAUUUUGAGGCAUUCUGUGGAUACUGAGAGAGAUUGAAUCAUAUUAUAUAAGGAAUUUAUCACUCUUUUUUUUUCUGACAAAUAAAAAAUUUGAGAAGUUAGAAAUUGGUAGAUAUACAAAGGGUUUCUGUCUGUUAAUUAAAUAUGAAACUUAGCAAAUGCACUGCCAGGCCUAAAAAGGCACAGUUGUGUUGAUUAGAUCUUUAUUGCAUUUAUUAAAAUGUUUCUGACUUGUUAAAUGUUUGGCCACAGUUCUUUUAACCCCUACUGAUGCAGUAUAUAGCUUUUUUCCUCUCUUAAACAACUAUAUCUAGAUAUUAUAUGUUUCAGGAUGCCAAUGCCAAGAUUUAUCUGGCUGAUAUUUUGUGAAAUAAGUGUUUAUUUUAAUACAGGAAUGAACCAGCAAUUAACCUGAACCCCACUGAAUAUCUUUUAGAUGUGUUGGAGUUAAAUGUGAAAGACUUUUUUUCUGUGUGACAUUAAAUAUGGGUUUUCAAACAUAAUAAAUGCACAA